UGAAGAACCCCCGUCUUGAAUUAGGCUCUGUCAUGUUCCACGUUCGGUGACAAGAUCCGCUUUCUUGGCUUCGUGAGCGGGUUCGGCGCAAUCAAAUCGCGACGGCAGAAAAUCUCUACGUCGUUCUUGUUGCAAUCUUUGAAAAGGGCAACGGUUCUUUAUACAUAUAAGGCUCGGCUUCUCUCUUUCUUAAACUUCUGGAGGUACCAAGGCUCCCAGCAUCUCUCGUGUUCGCACUCGUCGCAUUCUUUCCCCACCCCGAUCCCGGCUGGCGGCCUCCAAGACAGCCAAGUCCGUGCGUGCGGCUGAACACCGAGGAACUCUCAGGCUGCAGGGUGACUCAGUGGAGCUAUCUGAUAAUAAGCAUUAGAGGUUCGCCGAAAACAGCUUCUGGAAAAUGGGAACACAGUUCGAAUCCCAACAAAGGACCAUGAUGUUCGCUGAGAACAUCUUCGAAGGCUGGCUGUCCAUGCCGUCCAUGGAGGCUUUGCUUAAUGAUGGAACCGAGAUGUCAUCUGAACAUUCAACCACGACCAUCUCUCCCCAGUCGCAACGACAAGAAGACAUAGCAUUUGGGAUAACGCAGGCAGACCCGCCCGCCAGAAAUGAAACUCCCAAGGCUUCCAAAAACACCCCUGUUGACGACGCCGCUGGACGCAAGAGACGCGGCCACACCAAAUCUCGACUAGGGUGCAUCAGCUGUAAGAAGCGGAAGAUCAAGUGCCAAGAAAUAUGGCCUUCUUGUACCAAUUGCGUGAAGCGUGGUUGUGCCUGUAGAUACCCAACGGUAUUCAAACAUACGCAGCAUGACCGUAUCGUUUCCGAAGUGAUGAGUAGUCCACGUCAAUUCGUCAAGCUCUCAGAAACGCCAAAAAUGUUUUCGGCGAAUGAUAUGCGUCUCUUUCACCACUUCCUUAUUGCUGCACAUCCAUGCAUACCUAUCAAGCAUGAAUCUGUUUGGAUUCAAGAUAUGCCUACAUUCAGUCACCACUAUGACUAUCUCAUGCAUGCUAUCCUCGCGUUAGCCGGCUCCCAUCUCUCUAUGUUCAUUGACGACCCGAGAGGCAACAUGGCUCUAUCCCAUCGCCAGACAGCCAUCAAAGGGUUAGAAGAAGCAUUCGCUAGAUGGCCCCCGAAAGCCGAUGAGGCUCAUGUUAUGCUUGCGACUUCAUACCUCCUCGCAUUUCAAGCAGGAUACAUGCCUGACGGUUUCCUUGACAAUAUCCUCUCUCUACGCGGCUGUGCUUUCCUAUCACAAUUUAUUCUUUCCAAUCGCCUUGAAGGGGCAUUCUCGGUCGAACCAAAUCUUCACAGCACAGGACUCGAGCUCAAGCUUAGGAAUUUCCCGUCUCUUGAUCAAACUUUAGUCCGCAACGCACUUCGCUCCACUGUGCACUUCUCGCAUCUUCUCGAAGCUGAUACCACGCAAGAUAUUGAAAAGGCUCUAUUUGCCCAGCUAGUGGAGUCUAUUCGCCCCCUCUGCAUUUAUUUCCCCCCGUCCGAAUCACCUGAUCCGCCAGCUUCUUCCCGGUCAUCAAGCACAGGUAGCUGGGAGUGCUCACUAGCGAGUAGACUUGCCACCCCCCUACCCUCUCCUACGAAUAUCAACAAUCCGAUUUUGCCUGGGGAUCUACCUGUGACAUUGAAUGAAGUUAUAGCUCGAGGCAGAGGUUUCAUCGAAGACAUCCCCCCUGGGCACGUGCCAGAUCCCUUCCGAGCGUUGAACGCUUUAAUGUCAACGCUCGUAAUUCUUACCACCUGGCCUCAGGACGCUGUGCUUCAUCUGAUGUCUCCAUCAAACAAACUUGGCAUGAUCACGAUGGCGCACUUCGGCGCAAUACGCAUCAUCGUCACUCCACUAUCCGCUCCUGAAUCCGCUUUGAAUACUCCCGUCAAAGCAAUGAUCGAAUGGUGUGAGAAGAUUAUCGAUGCAGUGGAAGACGACGAAAACAUCAAAUGGAGUCAAUACGUUGAAUGGCCUGCUACCAUCUUUCGCACCCUACGAGGUUAUUUGAAUCAGAAACACGGGCUGACGUUGGGCGACAUCCAUGAAAGGCUCGUGAAGGAUGCAGCGGCGUUCCUUGAGGGACGGCCCGGGUGCAUAUUGCGAUGACCCGAAGGCGAAGGCAAUCCUGCUUUUUACAGAUGUUGCUCGUUUUCCACUUCAUUUUCUCUUCUCAAAAAGGGCGUCCCGGGUUCAGUCAUUGUAUUCCAUUUCUUGUUUUGAUUCACGGUCGUGGGAAUCCUCCACUCUUCAUAAAAGAUAGACUAAUAUCACCUUUCCAGGAUUAACGCAUCUCGGAUAUUUUUACCGUUCAAA